AACGUAUACCAGGUGUUUGUAAAAAUGCCCCAAAGAAAAAAUUCCAAUAAAAAAGGCCCAUCAACAUCAGGCGUUGUUACCCUCCGAAGAUCACCAAGAUGGUACUCUUUAAUCCUGAAAACCCGAUAACCUCUGACCCGGAACCACCAAAUGCUGAAACGUUGUCUCGUACCUCAAAUCAGAAAAGCAUAGUACAUGAGGGGCCGGUAAACGUGAUGGAUGUUAACAAAAUGAUAAAGAGUGUCGGGGUUAAAAGAACACGAAAUGAGUUUGAGAAUAGCAUGGGGUUGGCUCAAGAUUGGACUAAAGAGCAGGAAAUGGCGCUAGAGAGAGCUUACCAAGAAGCAAAGCCCACCCCACGGUUUUGGAAGAAGGUUUCUAGGAUGGUGCCUGGAAAAUCUGCACAGGAAUGUUUUGACAAAGUACACUGUAGUCAUUUAACACCACCACAACCUCGUAUGCGUGCUAGGCCUCGAGUAUUAAAAAGUUUACAGAACUCUUGUCUUGUUGCAAAUAAGUUGAUGAAUGCAUCAAGUCCUGCAGCUAAAAGGCCUAGAUACCAUAAGCAGAAGAGUCAUGUAGUUCAGAGAACCAUAAGACAUAUGAUACAAAAUCAGUAUAAGGUGGAACAGGAAUCUGCGGCUGAUCUGUUUUCAGUUUUGGAGCCCACAUUCGCCGAAUCUGUAAAUGGUAAUCGGAUGUUUACCACACCUGAUCGUAACCCGAACGAAGUACUCAAAAGGUGUCAAGAUAGAUCUUCCACAGCCCAUAAAAAGAGUGUUUCAAAAUUUAGUAGUUUGGACGAUGCCACACUGGCGAGUCCUCCUGUUCUAAAACCGGUUAAAAACAAAGCGUUGCAUGAGAAAUAUAUCGACCAGUUGAACUGCAGAGAAGCUAUGAGGAAGGCAGCAAGUGAAAAGGCGGAAAAGCUCGAUAAAAAUAAAGGGAUGAAACAAGAGAGCUCCGCAGAGAGAAAAAUUGCAAUAAAAGCAGCAAAAAACGCUCUGGUUUUUAGUGCAAGGGAUGCUAUCAAUGAGGUCCAGCAUCAACAGGCGGCAGCUUUAAACGACCUUUUUGAUUAUGAGAGUGGUACAGAUUCUGACGAGGACGACAGUGAAUUUUUUUUAUGACUGCUACUGUCCAGAUUACAGCUAGUUUUCUUUCUUUUCAAGUGAGUUCUUGUUUACAUUGCUUAAUAUCUUGAAACAAGAUUUUAACUGUGCAUAAUCGAGUUGAAAUAAGUGGUCAUUUAAGUGUUA